AUGCCGGUCUUAACAACACCCGAGCAAGUACUCGUGCGCGUGUUGGCUGUCGCGCCCAACCCUAGCGAUUUCAAGAUGGUUAAGUACUCCCCUCAGGCUACCACUAAAAUAGCUAUUGGCUGCGAUUUCUGCGGCAUCGUCGAAGAAAGCCGCCAGGAGGAUAAAUUUCCGAAGGGCACUCGGGUAGCAGGCGCCAAGUUUCCCUAUGGGACAAGUACCAGCGGAGCCUUUUCUGAUUGGCUUGUUGCCGACACCAGGCAGCUCCUGCGCAUUCCGGAUGCAUUUGAUGACCUGGAAGGUGCUGCGAUCGGUGGUAUCUGCUGGGGAACAUGUGUGGUGGCUCUUUUUGCGGACGCAGAGGGCCUAUGCUUACCUGGUUCCCUGACGAAACCGGCAAACAAGUCAUAUCCUGUGCUGGUAUACGGCGCCGUUACAGCGACUGGUACAAUGGCUUGCCAAAUGUUGAAACUGGCUGGCCAUACACCGAUCGCCGUCACGUCAGCAGCGUCCGCUUCUUUGGCGUGCACCUACGGAGCCGUCGGCUCAGCCCUCUAUACUUCACGCACUUGCGUUGAAGACAUCCGGUCGUUUAUUCCCAAAGGCGCCGUCAUCCGACACGCUUUAGAUUGUAUAAUCAAUACGGAGUCAGCUGCAGCCUGCUUUGCAGCAAUUGGAAGGGCGGGCGGCCGCUACGCAUGUUUAGAGAGCCUGCAGGACGAAUGGCGCACGCGCCGUGCUGUUUAUGUGAAAGAAGUCAUGGGGUUUGAGGGAUUUGGAUUCGAAGUAGCACUUGGCGACAGUAUCUACUCGCGCAAGGCGAACCGAGAGCUAUUCUUAGAGGGCUGCUUCUGGACAAAUGAAAUGCAAGCAUCGCUAGAUGCUGGCUUGAUCAAGCCUCAUCCGUCCUGGGGGUGGCUACGGAAAGUUACGGGUAGAAUAGGACCUAAAGAGGAUAUAUGUAUUUACCUAAAUUAA